CCUAUGUGGAGCAACUGAAGGUGCCCACUAUGCAGCCAGUGCGCAUACGCAGCUCCCAGUGGUGCAUGGAGAUUCCACCACGUUGCUCCAACUACAAAACGGAAAUGCGUGAAGUUGUGCAGAUCAAGAAUGUCACAAAGACGCGCACGAUACGCUUCUGCUGCGCGGGUUAUGAAGGCAACAUCUCGAUCAACGACACAGUUUGCAAGCCGGUCUGCCGCGGCGGUUGUGGACGCGGCUACUGCCAGACGCCGGAUGUGUGCAGCUGUGAGCCGGGCUGUACUACUGGCUGGACGGGCGAAUUUUGUGAGCUGCCUUGCCCGACCGGCACGUAUGGCGUCAUGUGUCACAAGGAGUGCGARUGCGCCGACGAACGCUGCCAUCCGCAAACGGGCGCCUGUGGCGAUGCGCUGACCCCAGUGAUGCCCAAUGUUACGCAUGUCAUGAUACAAACRCUCAACUCCACCAUCGCCAACAUAACGCACAAACUCGAUCGCAUAGCGAAUAAAAUAGUGAMCAUAGCCACCAGCACUAUUGUGCCGCCACAACUCACCGUCGCGCCCGAGGUAAUCGUCAUCAARCAAGAGGAUCAGCAUACGCCCAAAAUAAUUGUACACCAACCCGGCUUGAGUGGUGGCUUGCUGAGCGACUUACACACCGCCGGCGGCAAGACACCAGAGGUGAUACACGUAAUCACAGCUGCGGGCGCCGACUGGCCGACGCACGCUAACGGUUCCAUGAUAGGCGCAGCGCAAGACACCAAACUGAGUUUGGCUGGCCUUGGCGGUGUGAUUGAKUCGCCGGCGCACACUUUAGCGCCCACACCCACAGCAGCCGAACACGAUGCUAAUCUGCUAAGCACACUGCUUGUGCUGUUGCUCAUCAUUGUUGUUGCCAUCGGCAUUAGUUGGCUCUAUAUAUAUCGGCGCUAUCACUGGCAAAAGCAGCGCGUCGAGGCGGCGUUGGCAGUGCGCAAUGCCAGUUUCGGUGGGCCGUCCGCAGAGCUGGGCGGCGACAGUGGUAGCACGGUGGACGCCACAGCAAUGUCUGGCGUGGGCGGUAAGAGUUCCCUAAAACCGUUGCCUGAUUUGCCGGCCUUCACGGAAAUGGUGCGCAACAAAAUCGAGGGACCCGAAUUCUAUGAUGCGCCCAGCAACAACUCGUCGUUCAACACGUCCGCUUAUGAUUACGCACGCAAACUCUCACUCUAUUCGAUUGUGUCGCCCAAGUCGCGCAAAGGCAGCCCAGACUCGCAUCUCUACGAUGAGAUACGCUAUCCUGCAGCUUACCAGCAACAACAACAACAACAGCAACUCAGCUUUAAUACUCAACACAGACAAAGGCAUCAUAGCCAACAGCAGCAUCCGCAACAUAAUCAUCCACAAUUCUCCAACCAUCAACAACAACAUCAGCAACAACACAUUCACACCACUAACGCUCUUGGCCAAGUGAGUUUAUCGCCAMACGCGCCACAGCUGCAGAAACCUAUGCAACACACACAAAUAUCAGCAUUCAUUGCCCAACAGCCUUUGACUGCCGCAACCCUACAACAACAGCAACAUCAUAUUGCCCACUUGAUUAUACCACCGCAAAAUGCCAAUUUCCUGCAAGUGCCUUCAGCGUCCGCGUCCGCGUCCGCAUCCAACGUGAACGCCACCAACAACAGCGCCACACGCAAAGUGGCUCUCAUUUAAUAUUUGAUCGACGCUCGCGUCGUAUCCUCUUACUAUUGUAAGARAAGCAGAGUAAUUGCACCAAAUAUUUUUAUAAACAGUAUCAUUAUGCCAUUUUCACUAUAUUUUUGUAGAAUAUUCUUUUUAAUACGCAUACA